GAAGGCUGAAGCAGUGUUGUUCUUUCACAAGGACCUCUAGAAUUGUGUAUAUUCUUGUCUGAUACUUUAGGUUUUUCUCAUCAUUCAAGUUGUCUUGUAGAGGUGUAUAACUAUAUAUACAGUAAGAUGAAUGCAAGAGAAAUGUUUGUCAAAAUAGCAGAAGCAUUUGUGGAGUUGUACAAUUAUGUUAGAGGGCCUAUGGUGCCGCAAGCAAUUCAGUUAAGGGAUGCAGUAGUGAAGAUUCAUGAAAGCUUGGCUGGUCAAAUUGCAGACUCAGAAUUGAUAAGUAGUGUUAUCGAAUGGUUUAAUACGUUUCAUAACAUUUAUGUCGCACUAGGAUUGGUUGGUUUGGUGAUCUCCUUUGUUCUAGGAUUGCUUUGGAAAGUUUUAGCUGUGGUAGUUUCUGCUUUAGGUGUAUGGAUUUCCUAUUUGAUUUGGAGAGACCAUAAUUGGCACAAGCUGUUCCUGACAGACGAAAAAGGAUUAGCAUUUUUUGCAAGUACUUGGCUUGGGUUAUUGCUACUCUACCGAGCACAAGGUCUGCUUGGCAAAGUUUGUCUUUUGGGAAUAGAAACCCUAGUAAUAUGGGUGAUGCAGUAUUCCAUGUCGACGACGACGAAUAUGGAAAUCCCUUGGGAUGAUUCUAAUAUCCAUGAAAUUAUCUCCCGAGCUGUUCCACCGGUGCCCCAUUAUUCUUCUCCGCAUGACCUCUACCGCAGUCUCUGCGCUUCCCCCAUCUUCCUUGACGAUGGCUACUUGAGUUUGGCGUAUGAUCGGGCGACUGGUAAGAAAUGCUGGAUGAUGGGAGCCAGGCUUUUACUUAUUGAUUUGGCAGAAAUUCCAGACUACUGGAACUGGAUAUCUCUGCCUGAAUCCAGGUUUUCCCAAGUGGCUGAGCUCAGAUUUGUACGUCGUCUUAAGAUCAAGGGAUCCAUUUCUACCUAUAUGUUGUCACCAAGAACAACCUAUGUAGCUUACUUUGUAUACAAGUUUUCAAAUACAUCUCGAUCUGGUUUUCAUGAAAGGCCUGUUAGCUUGCGUGUAGUUCGUGUUGUUAAUACUCAACGCCAAGUUGUGGCGCAUCAUAAUCGUGUGUUCCUGAUAGGAGAGAUGGCUUCACAAGCUCGAACGAGAAGUGAUGGAUGGAUGGAGAUUGAGUUCGGUGAAAUCUCCUACAUUGAUGAUAGUGCUACUAUAGAGUGUAUACUAGAGGGAUCUGAAAGUUUUGAGGGAAAAAGAAGUCUCAUUGUGGAAGGUAUUGAGCUCAGGCCUAGAUAGAGGAAAUUUAUCUCUCUGUAUAUAUAUAAUGGAUCUUUGAUCUUUAGCAAAUCUUCUUGAUGGCAUGGUUGAUGGAGAUCCAAGCUCACAGUUUACUAUAUAUAUUGGUUAUGGACGUGGUUUAUGGACGUGAUCUUGCUAGCUUCCAGCCUUCCAGGCUGGUUUACCU